AUGGUGAUGUUGUUCCUGUUCAGCAUCGCCUCCCUGGCCGACUACUUCAUCCUCUCCAUACAGUCCAUUGAGUUCUGCUGGCAGGGCUACGACUUGGUGUUCCUGCUGGAGCUGCUUCUCAACGUGUUCUACCUGCUGUACUUCAGCCUGCGGUUCCUGGCCGCCCCGGACACGCUGCGCUUCUGGCUGGAAAUGAACUCCAUGGUGGAUUUCUUCACUGUGCCUCCCUCGCUCGCCUCCCUCUUCACCCAGCGCAGCUGGCUGGGUCUCCGCUUCCUCAGAGCCCUGCAUCUCACUGAGCUCCCCACAAUCCUGCAGUUUCUGAACAUCCUGCAGACCAGCUCCUCUCUCAAGCUGGCCCGACUCGUCGCUGUCUUCCUGGCCUACUGUCUCACUGCCGCUGGCUUCAUUCACCUGGUGGAGAACUCUGGUGAUCCGUGGUGGACCGUUCCAAACUCGCAGCCCCUGACGUAUUUCCAGAGCGUGUACUUCCUCAUGGUCACCAUGUCGACGGUGGGAUACGGGGAUGUCCUGGUGCACACUGUGCUGGGCAGGGUCUUCAUCAUCUUCAUCAUCACCACCGGCCUGGCCCUCUUUGCCAGCUACAUUCCUGAGAUCGUGGAAAUCGUGGGCAAGAGGAGGAAACACGACGGGAGCUACACACCACUGCCAGGGAAGAAGCACGUGGUGGUGUGUGGUCACCUGACCCUCACGAACCUGACAGCGUUCCUGAAGGAGUUUCUGCACGAGGACAGGGGCGUGGUCAGCGUGAAAGUGGUGCUCCUGGGAAAUUUUGAUCCGGAUGCUCAGUUCGAGUUAUUCUUGAAGCGCAACUUCAUCAAGACUGUGUUCUACCAGGGCUCGGUUCUGAGCUCCCGUGAUCUGGCCCGGGUUCAGAUGCAGAAAGCAGACGCCUGCCUGGUUCUGUCGAACAAGUUCUGCAAAGACCCGCACACAGAGGACGCCUGCAACAUCAUGAGGGUGAUCUCAAUCAAGGACUACUGCGCGGACACUCGGGUGAUCUGCACCAUGCUGCAGAACCCCAGCAAGGUGUACCUGCAGAACAUCCCAAGCUGGGACUGCCACCUUGGAGACGCUGUCAUCUGCCUGGCGGAGCUGAAACUGGGCUUCAUGGCUCAGGGCUGCAUGGUGCCCGGGCUCUCCACACUGCUAGCCAACCUGUUCACAAUGCAGAGCCCAGCACAGACUCAGCCUGGCAGCUGGCGCAGUCACUACAUGCUGGGUCUGUACAACGAGGUUUACACUGAGGAGCUGUCCAGAGACUUCACAGGACUAGACCCUUUUGAAAUGUCUUUGUGUCAGACGCACGUGUCUCGUCUCGUCUCGUCUCGUCUCUCCUCUCCACACAGGCUGUGCUUCGUGAAGCUGAGAGUGCUGCUGAUAGGGAUUGAGUACCGGACUGCCAAGGAGUGCAGCAUCCUGGUGAACCCGCAGAGCGAUCUCACAAUCCCUGAGAAGACUCUGGGCUUCUUCAUCGCCAGCAACGUCUUUGAUGUCAAAAGGGCUAGCCUGUUCUGCUUCGCUUGCCACAGUGACAUCACGGAACCCUCGAAGAUAACGGAAUGCAGCUGCCACACUUUGCAACACUCGGAUAAAGUUGGGGUCCCCCUGGAAGACCCCCUGGACAGAGUGCGUUCCUUCGGGGUGAUUUCCUGCCCAGAGCACAAAGAGAGGGAUGACCCGCAGACGCACCCUGCCUGGGAGGUCAAAGCUCAGCUGGACUCCACAGGGAUGUUUCACUGGUGCCCGCCCGUCCCUCUGGAGAGCGUCACUCUGAGUCGCAGUGCUGCUCGCUGUCUCCCCCUGCAGGAUCACGUGCUGGUGUGCGUGUUCGGGGACGAGCACUCACCGCUGCUCGGGCUGCGCAAUCUGGUGAUGCCGCUGCGUGCCGGGAACCUGACCGGGACAGAGCUGCACACCGUGCUGCUGCUUGGCUCCCUGCAGUACCUCCAGCGCGAGUGGGAGCACAUCCACUACUUCCCCAGGAUUUACAUCUUACCGGGUUCCCCGCUGUGUCGGGCUGAUCUGAGGGCCGCUCAAGUUAGCCAGUGCGCGUCCUGUCUGAUCCUCUCCACUUGCUGUGACUCCAGCCUCGAACCCUCGCUCCAGGACAAGGAGUCCGUCCUGGCCAGCCUCAACAUCCAAUCCAUGCAGUUUCCAGACAGCCGGCCGGACUCCAGCCUCGCAGGGUCUCCUCACCCCGGAGCGGAUGACACGAAGCCCCCCUUCCGGCAGAGUGGAUUGAGAGUCCCGGUCGUCGCAGAUCUGGUGCACAGCUCCAAUGUGCAGUAUAUGAGCAGUCUGGAUUCUCUGGAGACGUCGUUCUCAGACCUGCACCUCACCCAGGCCUUCGCCAGUGGCUCCAUCUUCUCUGUGGGGGUGCUGGACUCCCUCGUGUCCGCGACGUACUUCAACCGCCACGCCCCGGCGUUGAUCCGCACACUGGUGACGGGCGGGGCCACGCCCUCUGUGGAGUCUCAGCUCGCCGAGGAGGACAUGCUGCGAGGAGGCCCCAGCGACGUGACAUCACCACACCUGCGCCAUCACGCCAAGAUGGCUCAGCUGCCACUGAGCAGGGGACCCCUGGCAAACCUCUCCUGUGGAAACUUCCAGGAGCUGUUCUGUAAAUCGCUGGAUGCUUUUGGGAUCCUGUGCCUGGGUCUGUACCGGCUGCUGGACGCCCCUAACCUGGCCCUGAGGAGGUAUGUGAUCACCAGCCCUCCCUGGGACUUCCCUCUGCAGCCCUUCGACCGGGUCUUCUGCCUCGUCCCGUUCAGCCAGAGCCACCUGCUGACAGGCAGGGUCCCCCAGCCCUCGAACCCGGGUCCCACUCCUGCCCCCGGCAAUGGAAGACCCGUGUGAGGGAGAAGAAAGAUCGGCCUUAACCCUUUCAUGCAUGAAUUAUUAAAAAAUAGCUGGGGGAAAAAAAAG